GAGCACUUGCUGUCUUGCAUCAGGGCUGAAGGCAGCUGCAGGGAUUACGUGGCUAUAAAGAUGGAUGGCUCGAGUAUUCUGCGACUUCUUUAGAGUAAAGUGCUUUCGGCAAGGAGAACUGCAGUGGGUUUGCUCAUGGAACUGAUCUGCUUAAGAAGGAGAGAAAUGGUUGAAUUGCUCCUGCAUGGAUCGAGAGCAGAGUCGAUCGUGGAGGCAAUGGAUGUGCUGCUGGAGUACCUCCGGAGCUUGCCCGCAGAAGAACAAGCCCCAAUCGCCGUUCUACUGAUGUGUUUGGAUGCAUUGGUGGAGCCAAACAGAAACAGCACGUACAGAGAAGAGGCGAUCAAGACCAUCGCACGUUCUCUGAGAUGCUGCCUGUCAGAGGACACUGCCGUUCCCAGCACUCGGAGAGCUCUGCUGCUGCUUCUCAGGCGACCUUCACGCAGAGGACUGGAUGCUGGAACAUGCCGGCUUCGUUGACCACUCACGGGCCACCACUGCCACUUCUGAUGCUGUUGUACACGACAAGGAAGCGACCGAAAACGAUGCGUGGCUGAGACACGUGGCUGCGGCGCUACUCGGCAGCCGUAGCGAGAUCAGGAGACCGUUCCUGGAGGCGCUGUCCACGUGCCUGGGCUCCCCCGACGCCGGCCUGGUGGGGGCGUGCCUGACGAUGGCCUGGUGGAGGUUAUCAGUGAGAAAGUAGAUAUCUGGGCUCUUGGGUGUCUCUUGUAUAGAAUCUGCACAGAAUAUUAACUGUUGGUUAUGGUUAUGGAAGGUCUUGUUUUCAGCUCAUAAAUAUAGGUUUCAAAUUUUAGUUGUUUUUUUAUUAGGAUGGUCGAAUAUAAAAGUAACUGAUUUUAUUGUAUGUACCUGAUUAAUCUAAAAGCAUUGAAAUAAUUAUGCUCUUGGCUCGAGUAUGUAUCUGAAGUAUACAGAGAAAUGGAACGUGCUGGAUGCGCUCCAGAUAGAAAGGCUAGAGAAAUGUUUCAUAUAAAAAAAUUUACUACCGUCGCAACGCACGAGCACAUACCUAGAUGAGUCUGUCUGUUACUGCGAAAAGCUACAUACAAAUUAUAAUUGAGGACACAUUUUCAUUACUAAUAGUUUUUUGUUUUCCUUCUUUUUUUACCUGAGGUUACAAAGGGUGCAGGGUAUUCUCCACGUCAGUGUGUCCAAUAAUCCUAAACAAGGCAAUAUGUAUUUGCUCUUUAUUAUCAAUUCAUGUGAAAAUCUGAAAGAACGUGGAACCUGAAACUAUUGUCUGGUGGGCUGGUGGCUGAUUUUCAUUCAAUUGGGCUGGUACACCUCUGUUUUGACUCCCAUACACCAAGAAUCGAGGGCGCCUGCAUCCGUGGGAGUAAGACUCUCCGGCUUUGAAGGAGGAGACAAAGGCCGAAGGGCAGACACAUUGCCUUCUGUUCAUGCUGCUUGAUGUUGAAACACCAACCACUCACCAGUCAUUUACUCUCUCACUUGCUCAUUGGAUCAUGUGCACCGCCAUAGUUAGAAACCUUUAUGUCAUAGUUAGAGCAAUGCAUUGGGAUUUUUUUUGCUAUGCACAGAAUACGAAGGUUAUAUUAUCUCUCUAUAUUUUGAAUGGGAGUCAUUGAAGCCUAGGCAAGGUACUUGUAUUUGGAUCUGGCAUAAUUACAAUCAUCCUGUCAUCAUCAGUUUCACUCCUCUGGCUGCUCCUUGUGUGUGUGUGUCCACUAAUGCGUUCAGCAUUGCAACUGCUGCUGCCAAAUGCUGAGCAUUCGUUGCCAACAUAGAUGGUCACUCUGAUAAAACUGUCACCUUCAAUGGGAGGAUGCUCAGGUUUUGAGACCGAACCUAUAUGUACCACCAAAACAAUAUCCUAAUUGCAAGGAAGGUGACCUUCCUCUCAUCAUCGCGAUUGACUAGCAACCAAUGGCCCUGAUAGGUGUUAUGCAAGUGUAGGGCGACAUCACUAAUGCUCGGACAACGGAUGUGGCAUUUCGAUGGAUGCAAAGCAGACUUGGUUGUUUGCGAUGGAGGCUUCGGAUAGUAAGAUAUCAUAUGAGUGCAAGAGAACUACUCCCACCAUUAACUAUAACAAAUUUUGUCACCAAAAUUUGGUGGCUGGUGGAUCUGCUUAAGAAUCAAAAGUCAGACAAGGUGGACAUCACCAUCCAACCGGAGGAGCAGGAAGCCAUGAAUGAUGUUCUAGCAGCCAGAUUCCAGGGCGAUUCACCGCAUGCUGCACGCACCAGGUAUUUUAAGGGGUCACACUUGCUUGUUUCAUGUACUAGCACAAGAAGAGACCGUACCACUUCCUCGAGCCAAAUCGCCAGCAAUCCACCAUGGCUAAACCAGAGGGGCCAACCAUUGGCGUGAAGCUGUUCGUGGACAAAGAGAAGAAGAAGGUGCUCUUUGCUGAGUCCAACAAGGAGUUCGUCGACGUGCUCUUCAGCUUCCUCACCGUGCCGCUCGGCACCAUCGUCCGCCUGCUGGAUAAGCAGUCUCAGUUGGGUUGUCUCGACCAGCUGUACAAGAGCGUGGAGGACCUCAACUUGGAGUACUUCCAAACCAAUGCUUGCAAGGCGAUGCUUCUGAAACCGCUCAACGCGGCUUCCGGCCACUGCUGUCGCCUCAAGAUCAACAUCGAUGGAAGCGUUCCAAGGGUGGUCUAUGUCUGCAAGGACACGCGGUGCAACGCUCUCAGCGACAAUGCGUUCAGUUCGUUCCCUGGCACGGUCUGCAAAUGUGGUAAGGUCAUGGAGUCCAUUGGACAGUUCCCAAAAUACGAUGGUGACACUGAAACCGCCGCCGCCACUUGUUCAGAGGGUGGAGUUUUUGUGAAAGGUUGCUUGAAGUUUAUCGUCACUGAUGAUCUCCAGGUUGCGCCAGCAUCUACCUCUCUUAUGAUGUUUGUCUUCGAGAAAUUUGGUGUGCUUGAUCCAGCUGUCCUAGAGCAGCAGGUUCUGCAGUUCAGUUCAGAAAAGAUAACAUGCUUGCUGAAGAGAUUGUUGACGUCUAAGUAACCUCUCACUGAUCAUUAUUUCGAAGCUCCUGUUCCACAAGAUGAUGCAAGCCUAGAAGCGCUUGUUCAGAACUUACAUCCUAAACAAGAAAACGAGGACCAGGUCUUGUGUAACUGAAUCUUGGAACAGGUUAUGGAGCUACAUAGGGCUGUCCUGCUGCUGAGUCGUACCACACUCAGCUCCGUGCUUCUGCAUCCUAAGAAGACCAAGAAGCUGCACCAUUACCAUCGUGUGUAUUAAAGCCGUCGUUGUUGCUUUACUCUAUGAUUAGCCACAAUAAUAACUAUGUAUGUCUGUUUUCCUGCUGGAUUUGUAAGUUUCAUUUUGGCCACUGAUAUUUGGUAACUAUUAUAACAGUUCGAGCAUAUAAUAAAUAUAAACAUUUGAUUCGA